CUCGGACCCACGAAGCUCCGAAAUCCUGGUGGCCGGGCCCAAAUCCCUUGGACGAUCGCUUUCCCAAUUGCUGGUCGACACCGUCGACCGGUUGCCUGAAGUCGCAAGAGCUUCAAGGGGACGCGAGGCCGGAGAAACCGACGGGCUAAAAGCCUGAAUUAAACCUCGAAAAUGGUGCCUGAGUGCUUGGGUGAAGGGCAUGAUUGUCUUCAGUUGGCUCCACAGUCGUACGGAAGUGGGAGAAAUUAGUUUGUGCACUUAGCGCUUAAGUGGCUCCAUACCUACUGAGCUGUCGUGCCAGAUUGUUUGUUACACAGUGUGUCAUCUCCGCAUGCGCAGGACAUGUUUUCUUCAAUUCUGUGUGCCGUAUCUCAAGGGUAGUUCCGUCCCUUCAGCUGAACACCUCCGGCGGCCUGAAGUAGAGUAGCCGCAGCCAUGCCGACGCCGGCGGACAAGAAGAAGAUCGUCAAGAAGCGCACGAAGAAGUUCACCCGUUUCCAGGCUGACCACUUCAAGCGCAUGAACCCAGCCUGGCGCAAGCCUAGAGGUAUCGAUGGUCGGGUGCGCAGACGAUUCAAGGGCUCCACUCUCAUGCCAAAGAUUGGUUAUGGCUCCGACAAGAAGACCCGGUUUCGCCUCAAGAAUGGCUUCUACAAGUUCGUUGUGCGAUGCCCGGCGGACCUAGAGAUGCUUCUCAUGCACAAUGAGAAGUACUGCGUCGAAGUCGCCCACAACAUUGGCGCCAAGAAGCGCAAGGAGAUUGUGGAGCGGGCUGACCAGCUUCGCUUGCACGGAGACACUGGAAAGUUCAUCAAUUCGGAAGGAGUGAAUGAGCAGGGUGCCUCCACCAGAGAGAACUGUUGCCUUCGGCAUGUCACGUCAUCGCGCGGUUCCACAUGUUUCAACGUUUCAACCAUCAUUUUUUGACGAGUCAAUCUCCACACGAGUCAAUCUGUAUCAGUCUAUCCCAGACAUGGUCACCAGACCCACACAAGCCC